GGGAAAUUAACUUGAAUGAUCACUUUAUUGUGGAAAUAAUGGAAUGGCUUACCCAUAGGUAGCCCUGGAUGUCAUAUUUAUAAUAGAAUAAGUGUCCAAAAUACAAUAGGAAACAACAAAAUAUGGAAACCCUAUUUUAGGUAAUUACUACAUUAUUACACCCCUCAAUCUAUGCAGGGGAUACAACGCGCAGAUUGUCCCUAAGAAAAAUAAACCGUUGAAGAGAUAAACACUUGGUGAAGAUAUCAGCUAGCUGAAACUGUGUAGGAACAUAGCGUACUAGCAGGUCUCCAUGAGAAACACGCUCCCGGACAAAAUGAUAAUCUAUGUCAAUAUGUUUGUUGCGUGCAUGCUGAAUCGGAUUUGUAGACAGAUAAGAAGCAGAAACAUUAUCACAAAGCAAUUGAACAGGCGUGCGUAUGGGUACUCCAAGUUCGAACAAAAUCGAACCUAUAUGCAGUGUGUCCUGGACUGUGUAAGCUAUCGCCCUAUACUCAGCUUCUGUAGAAGAUCUGGAUACAGUAGGUUGUUUCUUGGACUUCCAAGAAAUUAAGUUAGGCCCCAAAAAUAUAGCAAACCCGGAAGUGGAGCGACUGCUAUCAGGACACCCAGCCCAAUCAGCAUCAGAAUAAGCCUGUAGUGUAGGAGAGGAAGCAUGUGGCCGAAGCAACAGGCCAUGAUCUGGAGACCCCUGAAGAUACCUGAAAAUACACUUAACAGCCAACAUAUGUGAAGUACGGGGGGCAUGCAUAAACUGGGAAACCAAGUGAACAGCAAAUGUAAUAUCAGGUCUAGUCAUAGUCAAAUACUGUAAAGCACCUACCAUACUCCUGUACUCAGUAGGAUCCGCCAGAAGGUCACCAUCAGUGAGAAUAGUUUCGUCCUAGAAGGAAGAGGGGUACGAACUGGUUUAAGAGUAUGAAGAUGAAACCUGGCUAAUAAAUCGGACACAUAUUUCUUUUGUGAGAGAAAUAACCCUUGAGACAGACGGACCGCGUGGACACCCAGGAAAAAAUGUAGAUCCCCUAGAUCUUUCAUAGCAAAGUGGCGGCCCAGACAAGAAAUAAAAUGAGUGAUGAAAGAUGAGGAAUUACCAGUUAUAAUAAUAUCAUCGACAUAGAGGAGCAAAUAGAGAAUAUGACCCCCUUGCCGAAAAAUAAAUAAAGAAUUAUCAGACUUACUGUAGACAAACCAUGAGUUAAAAGAAAACUACUAAACCUGUAGAACCAGGCUCUUGGAGCAUGUUUGAGACCAUAAAAUAGGGUUUCCAUAUUUAUAAUAGAAUAAGUGUCCAAAAUACAAUAGGAAACAACAAAAUAUGGAAACCCUAUUUUAGGUAAUUACUACAUUAUUAAUACAGACAUGAGAAUCCUUAGAUGAACAAUUGGUCCAGUGCAUAUGCCUUAAAUGAACAAUUGGUCAAGUGCAUAUGCUUUGGAUGAAAUAUUGGUCAAUUGCAUAUGCAGAAGCUAAGCAUUCUUAGUAAACAAUCUAGGGAUAGGAUAUUCGAGAAUUCAGAACAACCUUAACGUGAAUACACACCCAAAUGGCCACAUAGUGUGUUCGUCUUUGGAAAUCUAAAGGACAAUACACACUGAGUGCAGAGAAUGCCUAUGAAUUUUAUGAAAUUAAAUUGCAAUUAACUACUCAAAUGCUCAUUGAUUAAGUAUCAUAUAACCAAUCAUUCAUUGCAAUAAUAUGAACAUUUUUUUAUAGAUUCUCGUUUUCAGAGGAGAAACAUGUGUUAACCCAUAUACAUUGAUACAAAGACAUAUAUAUAUGCAUGUAUGCGAGUGUGUGUUAGUGAAUCAAAAGUAUACUUGUGCAUUUUGUCCUUGUUUGCUUGGUGAACAUUUUUUUCAUCUCUAUAGUCAUAUAUAACAAAUCACAAGUGCCACGAUCUGCUUGAAAACUUCACAAGAAGAAACCUUACCUCACAAAUGUAAGAAUUAGGUCGCAGCUUCAGUAUUUUCUCCACCCAAUUCUCUUCUGAUGCGCUUCAGAAAUUGUAUAAUGAAUCGGCAGUUCAUUAUUAUCAAUCGGUCUGACGUUAAACGUGAACGAAUGAAACAAGUUGCAGUGGAAAAACGAUGUCGGGAACCCUCAAAAUCAGCAUUUGUUUGACGGUCGAAUUAGGGAUCUGAUAAUUCAUGUUGAGAUCGAUUGAGAGAGCAACGGCGACGAACGAUUUAAGGUGGAGUUUAUGGUAAGGCAGCUGGAAAUUGAUCGACAAAUACGAAAGAUGGACAGACACGAAGCUUCUAGGAGAUGAAGACAGAUGUCGAUUGUCGAUGCAGAGCCAGAUUUUUGUGAUUUGAUUGCAUUUAAUGUUUUGACUCUUUUUGAAAUAAGGAAACCUAAAUUGAAAAUUUGAAAGUUAAAUAUGAAAACUAAUACAUAGCUGGACAUAAAUGAAAUACUAAGCACAAAAUUAGACUCUUCGGGUAAUUAGCACAAUUAAAAGAGAACGGAAAUAGUACAAGAUACUGUAACCCAUUGACAUGCUUUGAUUUGUUUAGUCUUAAAUUCUUAUUUAAGUCCCCAAGUGUGAUCAAUAAAAAAAUUAAUGGGAAGACGAUAUAUACGUAGUAAUUAAUUCAUUUAAGGGAGGUGUUUCUUUGCUCUUAAAAUUAGCUUAGUGUCUUAUAUGCUCUUAGAAGGUUUACCUUAGUGGUCUCAUUGCUCCUGAAAUUAUCCUAGUGUCUUAUUUGCUCCUCCCUUUUGUAUUCAAAGAAAAAUGGCCACGGUUAGUCAUCGGGUUAAUAAUGAGAAGGAAGAUGGCAGUAGCUUUCCAGUUCCCACCCCUGCGAAAGCGGCAAUCAAUAAUCGAGGCCAACAUAAAAGCUCUGAUUUCAGCGACGAAUCAACCGGCAGGGAUCUCUGAUGACGUUCUAGACAUUGAAAAAUCUCUCUGGGAAAAAAAAUUAUAUUCAAAGGGGGCGGCGAGGGUUUCCCCAUUGGAAAUUUGACGGGCGGAAAUCCCAGAUUGAAAAUUACUUUAAAUCGAGGCCAACAUAAAAGCUCUGUAAAUCGAGGCCAACGUAAAUCUCUCUGCUCUUUGGAAAGCAUUUGGUGAAUAUGUCAAGCCCUUUAUUCCGGUCUCAGCACCUGAAGUUAACGCACUCUAUAAUUGUGUUUUAUAUACCGAAUUAUCAAUUUAAUCUAAUAAAAAGAAUUUAUUAGAAGCAUUGUCCAAGGCUUUCUUCAUUGGUUCUCUGGAUUCGAAACACGUUUUGAUUAAAUUAGAAUCGAUCUAUGACUAUUACACACUCAUGCACAAACAGGUAUGGUACAUUCAAGGUAUUCUUAUGCGUGUUUUGAAACAUAACUUUGAUUUCAUUCCUCCGGUUGAAUCCCCAGUAGCCCCGGUGUGGAAUUCUCUUCCUAAAUUGCCUUUAGUAUUCUAUGACAAGGCUAUUUUGCAUACGACUGGCUUAGAUUUGGGUUCACCCAUUAAAGUUGAUGAGAAAACAUCAAAUAAAAGUAGAUUAUAUUUGGCUAGAAUGUGUGUGGAAAUUGAUGUUUCAAAGCCCAGUCUGUCAGAGAUUCGUAUUGGGUAUGACAAUUUUUCCAUUUGGCAGCCAAUAGUUUAUGAAGGUGUGCCUCUUUAUUGUAAUGAGUGCAAGCAUCUUGGUCAUGAUUCUCACGAUUGCAUUACAAGCUGAGAAGAAGGAAGAUACAGGCAACCCUCAAGUUGAGAAAUCCUUGGAGCUAAAUGAUAAGAUUAAUGUGCAAAAGUUUCAAGAGUACGAGAUGAAUGAACUUGGAGAGCUCAAAGGGCCUCAUUCUCGAAGUUAAAGAGCAAAGUUUAACAGAUUCCCUUGAGUCUGAGAGACCUAUUCAAAAGAUCAAGGAUAGCGAUGCUCAAGUUCAUGACUCUAUUUUGGAUACUAACAAUGAAAAAUUCAAAAGCUGUCUUGCAAAAAUAAAAGUCGAGUCUCAAUUGUUUCAGAAAGACUGAACUUCUUCAAAAGAAAAAAAGCUAAAGAAGUAGUGAAAUUAUCAACAUUGCAUUCAUCUCUGCUGAACCCUCCUGUAUCAAUUGAAAAACUAGAAGAAGAGGUCACAAAAGUAGUGUCCAAGAAAACUAAGAAACGAAAUGAGGUGGCUACAAGGAAUAUUCAAACAUGACAGAAAUAAGGCGCCUACAAGGAAUUAUCAGUAGCUGAGUUUUCUCAAUAUUGUUUUUCCUUGUUCAACUUUAUCCUCUCAUUAGCUUUUGUACCCCUUUUAUCAAUAAAAUCUUCUCUUUUCCAAAAACAAAAAAUGGUCAUUACUUAAACAUCCGUUUUAAAUCUUCCAUAAGACUGUGGCCACUGAUUGCAAUUAUUUUCUUUUAAACACAUAGAUCUAUUCCAUUCAUCUUACUUUUGUCUAAGAAAGUACCAAAUAUCAAAUGACUACACUUUUUUGCACAUCGAUAGCAAGAAGAAAAUAAAUGCAUUUUUUGUUCAAUUCUUUUGUUAACUCCUUGGAAUAGAAGUUUGAACAUAGAGAAUGGUAAGAAGAAGAAGAAGAGUACUAAUUAUUUUUCAUCUUUUCUAGGCCAACAAUCUUAGAGCAUUAUUAUGGUUCAGCUUAAGCAACUUUGAUAGAACCUUGGGAUACUUCAACUAAGAACAGUAGAAAAUCAAGCAGAUGAUCAAGAAGAUUUAUUGAAGUAGGGAAUGUUUACAGAAAGAAUCAAAUAGCCACGGACAAUUCAAGAUGCCUAGUCUCCUAGCCUAUUCCAACAGAAUAGUUGCCUACCUCCUGCGUUCCCCCUUCCUUACUAUUUAUAGUACUUCUAUUUAAUUAAGGACUGGCCCAUUAUACCUAUUUACUAAAAUGGCCCAGAAUCUACAUUUAAACUCUAUUACACUCUUCAAUACUAUUAGUAUUCUUAUUAGUAUUAUUGUCUAUGUUCCUGUCAAACAUAUUUCCUUUUAGUUCCAUUUUGGAUUGGAUUUAAUACACUGUUAUGGUAAGUAAAUUUAAGUGGCAUUUUUUUCUAUUCAAGUAAAACGUAUUUCUUCUCUUAGGCUAAUGUUUCAAAAGGAGAUAAGUUGCUCAUUUCGUAAUUAUGGCCAAGGUUUUUGCUUAGUUUGCUCAUUUCAUUUUAGAUGGGAAAUUGUCAUAAAUAGGAGUAAAUGAGGUUUGGAAUUCCAAAAUUGAACUUCUAUGUUUUUCUUCCUGAAAUAGGAGUUGUUACUGCCAUGUAUGAAAAAUAUUGUCAUCAUUGAAAAAUUCUCUCAUUAAUUAUAAUAAAUAUUGUCAUUUUAAAUGCACUACACUACAACUACUUGGCAUCACGUACAAUAUGGCCGUAAAUACCGUCAUGUUAGUCCUAUUUAUGAAAUAAAAACAUAGUAGUCUUAUUUUGGAAUUUCAAACUCCAUUUACUCCUAUUUUGGGAAAUCUAAGAUUACUUUUGUAAUUGCUAUAACUAAUCGCCUUAUUAAAAAUUGUUAUUUUGUAGAAGUUAAAGUUCUGUUUUUAACUUUUAAGUUUUAAAAUGCUUAACUUAAGUUGAUGUUAUCACUUGAAAACACCAAUUUUAAUUUUUUAAACUAGAAAAUUAAUUGUUUAUUGUUUCUUUCAAGUUCUUGCAAACACUCCCACAGUAAAACAUCUGUUUAUUAUGUAUGAGAAUACAUUCAUAAGAUAUAUUUCCAUUUUUAAACAAAACGAAUUAUCAGGGUUUUUUUAAUAUAGAUUAUUUGUUUUGGUUAUUAUGAAGUAAUGCAAGCUGUUGUCAAAGGUUUACAUAUUGAAUCAUUCACUCACACAUGUUAUCUUAUUAGAAUUAUGAUUCUUUAAAACACAAUAAGUACUCCCUCCGUCCCUAAUAAAACUUCCAAAUAGGUUUAGCACACAGUUUAAGAUAGUGGUAUUGUGUGGUGAAGAGUUGUGCAGAGGAGAGAGAAAUGUGUAAGAAUUGUUGUGAACCACAAAUUCUGACCAAAAAGGGAAAGUGGAAGUUUUAAUUGGGACGGACGAAAAAAAAAGUUGAAAGUUUAUUUGGGGACGGAGGGAGUAAUAUAUAAUCUAUGACCAUUAGUUUAAUUGUGUGUCAUAUUUUAUUAGUUUUGGGUCUCGUGCAACACACGGGUGUAACACACGGGUGUAAGACUGGUUCACAUAUAUGGGAAAAAAAGUCUAACCUCAAAUAUUCAAUUUCUUCUCUUUUUUGGAUAGCCGCUCUUCAUGAGAUAAUACGUUUUUAGGGACAUGGAUUUGCUUUAUUUAUUUCUUUGUCUCAACACCAAGUCGUAUCCCUUAUGACCUCAUUCUUCUCCCCAAGAAUUUUGGACAAUCCAAUAUGUUACACCAAUGGACGAUACUCCGUAACCAAUGAUUAGAAUCACAUGAUAUGAAAAUAAUUUUUGAGAUGUCAAUUCGUGUUUGGUUGGUCCUAGGGGUGGGCAAUUCGGCUUACGGUUCGGUUUUCUUCGGUUUCGGUUCGAUUUCGGUUUAUUCAGGUUGGGAGAAUUUGUACCAAACUAAAACCAUUUGUGUUUCGGUUUGGUUUCGGUUCGGUUUAAAGUUUGGUUUACCAAAAUAAAAAAAAUAUUAUGUUUAAUUUAGCUUGAUUUGAUUCGUUUGUUUAUGUUUAUUAUUUAAUUUGAUCAAGUUCUAUAUUUCAGAAUUAGAAAAUGAAAGAGUAGUCCAUCUCAUCUUUUUUUAAUUUAUUGAUUAUUUAAAUAAAAUGUAAAAGGAAAUCAAAGAUGUAAAAAUAAAUAAAAAAUAUCAUAAAUUGAAACUUCUAACAUCUUUUUUAUCACUACAAAAAAUUCAUUUCUUACAAAUAAAAAGAUAGUUGAUUAGCAUUUAUAAUAUCACGUAAAAUAUUCAAAAAACCUAAAAGAGUCGAUGGUACAAAUGUUGUAAUAUUCACAAUUUUAUUGAAAUGAAUCAUGUAAAAAUAUAAAUGCAAUUUGCUAUCGCCAAACAUAAUAAAUACAAAUAUGUCGUAUUAGCUAACUUUGUCAUAAUGAAUGUAUGAAAUGUGUAAAAGUUAAAAUGAUACGAGUAUAUGCUUAAAUAUGUAUUUUCAUGUCUAAAUUAUUUAUUUAUAUCUUAAAAAUGAAGAGUGAAGAUAGAUACAAAGUGUGUGUGUGUAUAUGUUGUUCGGUGUUCGAUUCGAUUUACGGUUUUUCCGUUUUAAACCAAACCAAACCAAAGUACCAAAUCAUUCGCUUUGAGCAAAUGUUUGCCAAACUGUUUACUUAAGUAAACCCAAACCAAAUCAAACCACCAAUUUUAAUAAUAUUUAAAAGUUUUUUUGAGUUUCUUUAGUUCGAUUCGGUUUUGUUCGGUUUUUGUUCGGUUUAAUACAGUUUGAAAGAAAUAGUACCAAACUCAAACCAAAUUGCAUAUGGUCCGGUUUCGAUUCAGUUUGGUACGGUUCGGUUAAACCAAACCGUUAUGCCUAGGGGUGGGUUCGGUUCUUGUAGUUUGGUUUUGACCUAAAACCAAAUAUAGAAUCAAAGUAAAAAGUUCGGUUCGGUUUCGGUUCGGUUUUACACUUCAAAACUUGGAACCACGGUUUGAUUGGUUCGGUUUGUUUCGAUUCGGUUUCGGUUUUUUCGGUUUUUUGCCAAUAAAAUUAUCAUUUGAUUUAAAAUUGUUAUAAUACUUUGAGGGAUCAAACAUAUACAUAGUAUUACAUAAAGAAUGCAAGCACACUACAACAAAUAAAAUAAAAAUGAAAAUAAAUAAAUAUGUCUUGAAUUAUAUGAGUAUGCGAGAGAGAUAAAAGUAUAUAUUAUUAAUCUACAUUGUUUGUGACUAGUUAAAAAAAAUCAUGAGUAUAUAAUUAUAUACGUUCUAUGUGAUAUAGUUGAGAUGAAUAUUUAUUGUUUCAUCAAUAUGAAUUAUUUAAGUUAAAUAAAAAUAAAAGUUAAUUAAUACUAAUAACUAGUAAAAACAUAUUAUCAUCAUUCCGUAUAGCUACAUUAUUACGGACAAUGAAUGUGUAAAUGAAUUUAUAAACUAAACUAAACAUAACACAAACAUUAUUUCUCUAGCACAAGAAAACCAAAGACUAUUAAUGAUAUUAGGAUUUGUUAGGAUUAAUGCUUAACAAUUGACAAAUAAAUUUUAUAUUUUAAUUUGUUCGGUUUGUUCGAUUCGAUUUGGUUUUGAAGAGUAAAAAUCAAAACCGAACCAAACAACUACGGUUCGGUUCGGUUUUUUACAUUCGGUUUCGGUUUGUUAGCGAUUCGGUUUUAUUUGGUUAGGGUUCGGUAUGAUUUGAUUCGGUUUUCGAUUUUUCGGACCCAGGCUUAGUUAUGCCCACCCCUAGUUGGUUCGUUGUAGAUUCCUUGUUUAUAUUACAUCAUAUUAUGCUCUUAAAAUACAUAUUAUAAGCAUGCAAUAUAUAUACAUAUUAGUUGCACUUACAGUUUGUUUGUUUUGUCUGUUAAAACUCGGAGUAUUCAACAAAGUUCCAACAAUAGACUACUUAACUAGAACGCGUUGCAACUUCAAAUUAUCACAUCUGAACAACUAAAAAUCUCAUCAAUUCGUACCGUUGUAGCCUAUCAUUAAAUUGGUACCGUAAAUGAUAUGAACUAUCAGUAUUCAAAAAAUAAUAAAUUAUGCUUGAACACAAUAGUAGUGAUUACACUUAUUAGGUAUUUACAUUUGUAAGGUAGCACUUUUAUUUACUACCAAUAAAAAAGCACUCGGUUUCUUCAAAAAGUCCAUCGUCACGCACUUGGUCAAUCAAAUCAUUGAACUCCAGCACUCCUCGUAUGGGAACAUGAUGUAUCACAUAUGUUGCAUCGAAAGUUGAGUUCGCUACUACGUUUGUUUCCCAAUGUUGAGCAAUGUUUCAACCGCUCUUGUCAUUGAAAUAGCCCAACGUCUAGCUACAAAAUCACAACUCAGAAAUUUAUAUAUAAUGAUAAUGAAAAUAUCAUUAACAUAUAUCAAAGGCAUUGAUUGUUGUCAGUCGUCAUGCACCACAAUCGCUAUAUAUAUAUAACGUAUCCUCCAAUAUUGCCAACCUCCAAUAUUGCUAUAUUAUAGAAUACCAGAGUUUAAAUUGGGCAACCUAAAAUAUUGGAGUUUACAUUAUAUAAAUAUACGAUUGUGAUGUAUGAUGACUUACAAAAAUCAACCUCUUUGAUAUAUGGCGAUAAUAUUUUUAUUAUCAUUAUAUAUAAAUUUGUGAGUUAUCACUUUGUAGCUAUAUGUUGGGCAAUUUCAAUGACUAGAGCGGUUGAAGCAUUGCUCAAUAUUGGGAAACAACCGGAGUAUCAAACUCAACUUUCAAUGCAACAUAUGAUAAAUCAUGUUACACAUGUCAUACGGGUAGUGGUGGAGUUUAAUGAUGUGAUUGACCACAUGCGUGACGAUGAACUUUUUGAAGAAACAAUUUGCUCUUUUAUUGGUAGUAACUCAAAGUGGUAUCAUUCAAAUAUAAGUACCUAAUUACUACUAUUGUAUUCAAACAUAAUUUAUCAAAUUGAUGAGAUGUUUAUUUGUUCAUACGUUGAUGAUGUAGAGUCGCAACGCGUUCUAAUUAAGCAGCCUAUUGUUGGAACUCUAUUGAAUAUCUCGAGUUUUAACAGACAAAACCAACAAACAACUCGUAUAUAUUACAUGCUCAAAAUAGUAUUUUAAAAGCAUAAUAUAUGAUGUCAUAUAAAUAGGGAAUCUACAACGGACCAACCAAACAGGAAUUGAAAUCUCAAAAGUUAUUUUUAUAUCAUGUGGUCCUAAUAAUUGGCUACGGAGUAUCAUCAACUGGUGUGCCAUAUUGGAUUGUCCAGAAUUCUUGGAAAGAAGAAUGGGUCAUAAAGGAUACGGCUUGGUGUUUAGACAAAGAAAUAAGAGAAGCAAAUCCAUAUUCCUAAAAACGUAUCAUUCCAUGAAGGCCGACUAUCCAAGAAAGGAGAGAAAUUGAAUUUUUGGGUUAAACUUUUUUCCCCAUAUAUGUGAACUAGUCUUACACACGUGUGUUGCACGGGACCCAAACUAAUAAAAAAUGACACAAAAUUAAAUUAAUGAACAUAAAUUAUACAUUACUUAUGAUUAAACAUGUACACCUUUGACAAUAGCUUGCAUUAUUUAACAAUAACCAAAACCAAUAAUCUAUAUUUAAAAACCUGAUAAUUGAUUUUUGUUUAGAAAUGAAAAUAUAUAUUAUGAAUGUAUUCUCAUACACAUUAAAUCGUUUUUACUAUGGGAGUGUUUGCACGAACUUGAAAAAAAUAAUAAACAAUUAAUUUCUAGCUUAAAAAAUUAAAAUUGGUGUUUUCAAGUGAUAACAUCAGCUUAAGUUAAGCACUUUAAAACUAAAAGUUGAAAGCAUAACUUUAACUUCUGCAAAAUAACAAUUUUCAAUUUUUUAAUAAGGUGGUUAGUUAUAGCAAUUACAAAGGUAAUCUAAUAAAUCUAAAAUGAGAGAUUUCACAAAAUAGGAGUAAAUGCAGUUAGGAAUUUCAAAAUAUGACUACUAUGUUUUUAUUUCCGAAAUAGGACUAACAUGACAGCAUUUACGGCCAUUUUGUAGGUGUGACUACCAAUUAGUUGCAGUAUAGUCCAUUUAACAUGACAGUAUUUAUUAUAAUUAAUGAGUGUAUUUUUCAAUCAUGAAAAUGACAGUAUAUGUGCAAGUGGUUCAAAUAUUACAAGCCAAUUUCCUCAAGAAAACAAGAGAUCGAGCAUGCAUACGAGUAAACCCCUUUAUUGUGUUAUAUUGUGUUCUAUUUUACUUGCAGUAUAUUUGGAACUUUGUUACAUCCAUUAUAUGUUACACUUCUUAUAUAUUAAGAGUUUAUUUGGUAACACCGAAAUUGGUUGAAAUAUGCGGGAAUUAAUGAAAUUGGCUAAAAAUUAUAUUUAAACAUAUUUUAUGAAUAAAAUAAAGAAAUAAGCAAGUCCAACCUUACAAAAAAGUUAUAACCAGUGGCGUAUCCACUAUGGGGGCAGCGGGGGCAGCUGCCCCCACUCAACCCCAACUCAACCCCUAUAUAUAUGUCCAAAUGUUUACAAGAAAUUGCUCAAAUUAAGAGUUAGUAGAAAAAAUUCUAAAAUAGGAUUAGAAGUGUUUUCUUUAGUAUUAAAAGAAUGAAAGGCUAAAAAAUUCACUAAAUUUUGUUAUGUUUAAGACUGUUUAACUUAUAGUUAGGUAAAUUUAUUACAUUUUAUUUGCAAUUACAUCUUUACACACCCGUAAUGUAAAUUAAUCUUCUUCUUUUUCAUACUUGUACAUAGAUAUUAUAAACUAAAUUUAAUCAAACAAUAAUAUUAAUAAUGUGAUUUGUUAUUUGUGAAAUAUGAGACUAAAUUGUAGUCAAGUUUGCCCCCACUCGCCAAAGUUUCUGGAUACGCCACUGGUUAUAACAAGGAGCAAAUUUGAUCCAAAACCAAGUCAUCGAUUCCAUGGUCUUUCCAAAUUAUAACCACUUAGAGAAGAAGAAACUUGCUUGAAGCAGGGUUGUUGUGAUCCUCUACAGCUUAUUAAAAUAUUUCAUUUAUGUUUUUUUGUAAGUCUUUUUAUCAAAUUUGUUACGGAAAAUUAAUAAAUGAAAGGAGUUUUUAGCUACUUAGCUUUCAAUUGGGCCGUUUAUGUUGAUGAGACUUGCUUUGACCUCACCCACUAAUUUUGACUUGGUCAAAAUCAAGGGAAAGCAUUCAGUUGCUGUUUACAAGAGCAAGCACGACUUCGAAGACACUCCAGCCGCUCAGACCAUAAAAUCCGCGGUGAUGGCACGCAUCCGGCUGUUUCCGCCGUUGAGAACCGCCAGAAAGGCCCAUGCGCCAUUCGGAGUUGCUGCGAUGACUGGAGAGAGGGGCGGAGGGAGCCUUGGCCGUAUCCUUCACCUGGUGUAUGCUCGGAUAUCGCUGUCAGAUAAAAGGGAUUCUCAGCGGGGACACUCGCGCCGGAGGUGGCGGUGAGAGAUGCGACCAGAGACCGGUGAGGAGAAAGAGCAGCUGCAGACGGCGUUUGGCGGCUCUGCGAAUGGAGCGGUGGAGGAACCAUUGCCGUUUUGAGGUUAUGUUUCCUUCCCACCGGCCAUUAAUGGCGGAGAUGCUAAGAUCUAGUUUCUGCGAGGCUUGCCUAGAUAGGGUAAGUUCUUGGAGACGAAAACCAUGGGCAGCGCUCAACGACGACUGACGGAGGCCACAGCUCGAGGUUUGGUGUGGAGUCCUUCAAGGCUGCGACAACCAUAACUUGAAGCAACGCAGGCGAGUUCUGCAGCCACGAUUUGCGAGAUCUGCAGCAAGUUAACAUCUGGAGCAGGUGGCAGCAAGAUUCAGCUGACUGCGCACCGACGGUGGCAUCUCCGGACCUGGGAAUUUCGGAUAACAGUCUUGACUAGAUUUUUUCUGGGAAUGAUGAACUAUGGAUAUUUUUUGCUUAAACUCUCAAUGAAAACACCAUUGGAUGGAUAACAUAGAUCCAAACAUAUAUAAUUAGAAGAGAUUUGAGCCAUGGAGAGGUGAGAAAGAAGAGGAAUAGUAGGGAGUGUAAGCUUAUGUUCUAGGGUUACAAGAGGCUGGGAUGGGCCUCUAUUUAUAGUAGGAGCAUGUGUAUAAAUAGAGGAAUAACAUGUUGGGUCAUUAAAACAGACCACAUAAGUCGUUCAUCUUAGUGUUUAAAUAUAAUUUAAGUUUAUCAAACAAUCUAAAAAAUCUUCUUGAUACUUAUUUUUAGUUUUGUAAAAAGAGAGGUAUUCAUUUCCCUGCGGAUAGGGAUGGCCUCGGGCCGGCGGUCCCGAUUCGGGCCAGGCCCGGCCGGGCCUCGGGUCUAUUUUGUUGGGCCCGAGCCCGAACUGGUUGCCACCGGUUCCGGGUCCGGUUCCGGUUCCGGGCCGAGCCACCCGGUUAGUUUUUUUUUUUCCUAUUCUUUUCUCGCCCCUCCCUCCCCCCCCCACCCCACCCCCAAACCCCCCAAACCGGUCCUAAACAUCAAGCCCAACUCAAUAAAGCCCAAAAAAAUGAAAAAACAAAAAAAAAAUAGUUUUUUGGCCCGGACCUGGGCCCGACCCGGCCGGUUCGCCAAAUACAAGGCCCGAGCCCGGACCCCCCCCCCACCAGGCCUAGGCCCGACCCGGACCCGAGAACCGGGCUGGUUCCGGGCCAGCACAGUGGCGGGCCGGGCCGGGCGGCCCGAUCCGGGUCCAUGACUACUUGUGGAUAUGAACCUUAUUACGUUAUACUACGUAUAAGUGUUGUAUUGUAUUAUUAUUUUGAGUGCACACCACGACAAAGUGCUUGUCAAAUUUGGCGCCGUUGUCGGGGAAAGGCAAUAAUUUUUCCUUUUCUUUUAAUUCAAGAAAAACAAAAAGAAAUAAAAUAAACAAAAAUAUAAAGAGUUCUUAUUUUUCUAUUUCUGAACUUUGUGAAGCGUAGAGCUCAAAGAGCUGCACAAAUUAUGUUAAAUACAAUUAGGGGGUGUGCACAAACCGGUUCAAACCAGUAAACCGGACUAGACUGAAAAAAUGGGGCCGACCCGACCCGGAUGAUAUCCGGUUUGAUUUUCGGUUUUCAAAUAUUGUUUUUGAAGUCCGUGGUCAUGUUUUGGUUAAAAACUGGAUUGUUCCGGUUUGGAACGGAUUAACUGGUUUUCUAUUUUCUUUAAUAAAUUAAUUAAUAGUAUUAAUAUAAAAUCAUAAUAGAAUAAUAAAAUUAAUAAUUAAUAAUCCCUCCGACCCAAUAUAAAAAGCACACUUUCUUUUUCGGUCCGUCCCAAUAUAAAAGGCACAUUUCCCUUUUUGGCAAACAAAACAGUGCAAAACAGUGCCAAACAGUGUCCAAACAGUGCCAACCAGUGUCUAAACAGUGUCAAACAGUGUUCACCCUUAAAAACUCCCCAAACGCAAAUGUGCCUUUUAUAUUGGGACAGAGGGAGUAAUAUAUAUAAAAAUAGAAAUAUUAAUCUUUUUAAUAUGUAGUAUAUAUUGCCCUAAUGUUUUAUUCAUCUACUUAUUCUUAUUUUCUUUAAUAAUAGAAUUAACUAAUAUUUACCAUUCUACGCUCAAAUUGCUUCAAUCUUUGCUCUAUAAAACUAGUAAAAGUAAAUAAAUAAUAAUGAUGAUGAUGGUGAUGGUGACGGUGACGGUGAUGAUGAUGAUGAUGAUGACGACGAUGAUGAUAAUAAUAAUAAUAAUAAUAAUAAUAAUAAUAAUAAUAAUAAUAAUAAUAAUAAUAAUAAUAAUAAUAAUAAUAAUAAUAAUAAUAAUAAUAAUAAUAAUAACAUCAAUAAUAAUGUAUCAUUAGUAACCUCGGGGGAUAUUAAUCCACCAUAACGGUCUUCACCACCUCGGAGGAUUUUAUCCCGUUAUAACGGUGGUGGCGAUAGCAUAAUACUCUCUCCGGUUUUUAUUAAUCUUUACACUUUCUUUUUUGGGACGGUCUAAAUUAAACUUCACACUUCCAAAUUAGGAAAGUUUUUAAUAUGAAAUACCCUUUAUGUUCCUAUCCCAUUUACCCAUUUGCUCGGCCCACUUUUAUUCGCAACUCCAUUUACUCUCCCGAAUCUUCUCUCUUUAAUCACCUCUCUCUAUCUUCAACCCCUCCAUCGCCUCGUAACCUCCAUCGCCACCCCUCCUUCUCCUCACUUCCACCCCUCCAUCUCCUCACUUCCAUCGCCACCCCUUCUUUCUCCUCACUUCCAUCGCCACCCCUUCCUUCUCCUCUCUUCAACGGAUCCGAAAGGAUCACCUCCUGAAAACCCUAAGGCGGCUAAGCUUCCCAAACCCACACACGAUGCAGAGAUUGGACCCUCAAAAUCCGAGAUUGAGUCAUGUGUAAAUCCAGAAGCUGAGAAUGCACCGCCACUUCAAUGGUAUGCAAAUAGAUACCACGAGUCAGAUCCCUACAGACUAUUCAUAGUUCAAUUUGGUUCUCAAAGCUCAUCUGAAACAAAUCCGAACUGGCGUUUGCGUAAGAAAUACAGAUUCAACCUUGUUUCUCAUACAUUCGACGGUUUAAAAGGCAUGAAUUCAAAAGAUGGAGAAGAAGUGAACUCGGGACCGGCACUGGUUCCAUGAGGGGGAAGAGAGCGACGGAGGCGGUGGGGAAGACGACGGAGGUAGCGGCGGGGAAUAUAUCGACUGGGGCAAGGGAAAGAAAAUGAGCCGUUUUUCUUUUACUGUGAACAUGGGGGUAACUUCCUUUUGGGGUAUAAAUGGAAAGUUAACACAAAUUAUUUCACUUCCUUAAAUGUUGAAAAGUUGAUCAAUAAAUAAUACUGUAAUAUUAAUGAUCAUACUACUAUCUAAUGUUGUAUGCAAAAAUUAGGAGUAUUGGGCUUUUAAGGUACUUAGCUCUUAUUCGCUGGAUUGCCCGGUCAUAAUUUGUAUUUGGGCGAAUUGGUCUGCCAGAAUAAUACUCUAGGAUGUGAGGUAUGGCCAGGGGCCACGUCUCCUUCAGAAGACUCCUUGAAACAAGGUUGGAGUCCGCAGAAGUGUUCCCUUGGGCGAGUCAACGCUUCCGGCGCCCUGGAUCUGCCUGCGUGGGUCUCCGCCAGUUGAUGCGUUGGUCGGGAACCGUCCUUGCUAGUUGAAAAAAACCUCACGCCUUGGCUAACUCAUGCUCGUCCGUUGUUGGUAUGUGCGCUCCAGGCUUCACCUUCCAUGGGAGCAAAGAUCUGUAGGCAGCCAUUCAUGGCGGACAGUCGAGGUUUUGACUUUCUUGAGCUGCGAUGGAGACUGGACCGGUGGCAGAGUGACAAGGAGCUGCGCGAGCAGCGCUGUACUGGAGUUGGCAGAACUCGUGCUUGGGGUCGCUCGCUGCGCAGGUAGCAGAUGGAUCGCCGGAGAUUUCUGUCCCUCGCGUCACGACCGGUCUUGGAGCAGUGGACCCAGGAGCUCUCAACGGUCAUCCCCUUCUUCUCUAGAAGCUGGUCUGGAUUCCGCCAUUUUUACAGAUGGGAAUUCCAGAUCUGAUUCUUUUCCCUUCUUAGAACAGUUUCUUGGCUGUUUUUUUUUUUUCUAUUUUGGAUGAAUUUUGGGUGUUUUUGGAAGGUUUUUUCGCUUAAUUAUACUCAAACUCUCAAUGGAGAGUUGAACUAUGGUGUGAGGUGUGAGGAAGAAGAUGAUGAAUAGUAAUUGUGUAUUGCCAAUGGGAGUUGGGAAAUAGGGUUACAAGAGGGGAAAUAGGGUUACAAGAGGCUCCAAGUGGAAUAUAAAUAGAGAAACAAUGGGCUUGGGCUGUGUCUCUAAUAUGGGUCCGAAAAAUCCAACUACAUCAAUGGCUAAUCUAGUAGAUACAAGUGAUAUAAAGACUGUACAAUAAUCUAUUACUUUCAUAACGUAAAAAUUUUCACGUUUCAAAAGUAGGUAGAUUAAGAAUAGUGAAAGAAGAUAUGAAUUAUUGAGGGUAUUAGAGGAAGAUAGUGAAAUAAUAUGAUGGAAUGUGGGAUAAAUCCAAAAAAAAGUAGUUGUAAUAGUGUAUUAUUUUCAGAAUUAUUGAGGGUAUGAUGGGAAGUUUUAGAAAUGUGAACAUUUUUUUUGUUACUCCCUCCGUCCCUAAUAUCUUUGUCAAGUUUGACCGGCAUGGGGAUUAAUAAAGUAAAAACUGUGUGGUUGUGGUUUGUGCAGAGGAAGGAGAAUUAACUGGAACCACGAAUUCUUUACUGAAAAGGGAAAACGUCAAAGUUAAUGGAACAUCCAAAAAAGGAAAGUUGGCAAAGUUAUAAGGGACGGAGGGAGUAUCUAGUAAGCGUGUGUAGACCGUUGUUCAGACCCAAUAGUCAUGAGAUGUGGGGGCCAAGUCUAUAUACUUUAUCAACUAAUAUCAAAUUUCAGCUAAAAAUUUGAAUUGGGGAGGCAGUCAAAUGAAUCUUUGAAGAUAACUGUGCAGUUAAACAGCGUAGUACAUUUCAAAAAAUCAUUUGAUUGUCUUCCUGGUUGAAUUUUUAUCUGAAAUUUGGUAUGAGUAACCUAGACUUAAUGAAUAAGAUGAUUAAAAAUUUGACGGCCGGAUAGAGCCUCCUAUAUAAGGGGUGAAUUGCACUAUUUUAGUUAGUUCGAGGGUCUAUUUGACCCUUUAGCCUUUUAUGUAUUACAUAUUUGUGUCAUGUCAUAUGAAAGAUCAUAAAAAUGAGUUUUCCC